GUGUGUGCAAGUUUUAGUAUCUGCUGAUAUUCUUCUUCUGCAACAACAAUAUCCACGCUGAAGCCAACCACCAUGCUGCCAGCUAUCUGUGACAAUGCUGCCACAGCCUGCUCGGGCACAGACUGCCUUGUUCCUCCCAGUAACUUCAAUGCCAUCCUGGGAGUAGUGAUGAGCACGGUGCUCACCAUCAUGCUCGCAAUGGUCAUGUUCGCCAUGGGCUGCACAGUGGAGGCUGCAAAGCUGUGGGGCCACAUUAAGAAGCCAUGGGGCAUUAUCAUUGGCUUCCUCUGCCAGUUUGGCAUUAUGCCUUUCACAGCUUUUGCCUUGUCACUGGCUUUUGGGGUCCAGGCUGUGCAGGCAGUGGUCAUCAUCAUCAUGGGCUGCUGUCCAGGUGGCUCAAACUCCAACAUCAUCUGCUACUGGUUGGAUGGAGACAUGGACCUCAGUAUCAGUAUGACAACCUGCUCCUCUCUCCUGGCCUUGGGGAUGAUGCCUCUCUGUCUUUUAAUCUACACCAGUGUAUGGACAUCCAGUGACACCAUCAAGAUCCCGUAUGACAGUAUCGUUGGAGGAGUCCUCUACCAGUCGUCCUGGACCAUUGCUCCCUCCCUGUGGAUAAUUGGCACCAUCUACCCCUUUAUUGGAUUGAGCCUUGGGUUCUUCCUGGCUCGCUUUGUGGGUCAACCCUGGUACAGAUGUCGAACCAUUGCACUGGAGACAGGUUUCCAGAAUGCCCAGUUGUGCAGCACUAUCGUCCAGCUGUCCUUCAGCCCAGAGGAGCUGGAAAUCAUGUUUGCCUUCCCCCUCAUCUACAGCAUCUUCCAACUCGUGUCAGCACUCGUCUUUGUGGGAUGCUUCCAGCUUUACAAAAGGUAUUGUGGUGGCGGUUCGUCUGCAAACAGUGAUGCUCCAUACUUGGAAGGUCACAAUCCUGAUCUAGAAGAACAAAAGUACUGCCCACGGGAAAAUGGUGGCUUUGAGGGCGAUGAGAGCAACAACAGGGAUGUGAAGGAUAAAAGCACUGACAAAAGCACUGAGCUGUGAUAUUGCAGCCCUGAAAACCAGAGAUGUUCGGUUGUUGGUAUGAGCAAUAACAACUGCAUCACUGAACACACCAUUCAGACUCUACUGUGAAGACACACUGCACUCUGCAGGCUGUAUGUGCACCACACUAAACCAUUUGGAAAAAUUUUAGCUGAACGGGGUUGCAAAAAUUUCUUCCCCGGGACAGUCAGUAUCUAACUUCAAGUGGGAACGUGGUGGGGACCAACUGCUGAAUUAUGUGUUAUUUACUUUUAUUCAUAUGUAAAUAUUUAGAACCACUUUGCCUGUACAUUGUUAGUGUCUCUUAAUGAGUGCUUCAGUGGUGGAAAACAGGGUGGUUUUUUGUUGUUGUUGUUGUUGUUUUUUGUAAUGUGACAGUCAUAAUUUAUUUGAUAUUACUGUUAUUUCAAAAGCAACAAGAACACAGUGAUGACAAUAAAGAACAAAAUGCAAUAUA